UGCAGUAAUAUUUUUCACCGUUGUGGGGCGCUGUUGAACCGUGUUGUUUCUUUGCCGAUACGAAUCGGCAUGCUGCGAAUGUAGAGCUUCGAUUUCUACAAAGUCCAAGAUGGCAGACGAAGUUUCAGACGAAGCUGAACACGUGCCGACGACUCCAGUUGGGGACGUAAAUAGCUUCGUCCAGCGUUCCCUGAGCAGCGUGCUCCGUGCGACCAAGUCCUCGCGGACGGCCCUGCCCAGCCCCGGGGAUGACUUUGAUUAUUACUCCAGCUUUGCUGGCUUUAGGGAGUUUGCAGCCACACAGGCACACAGGAUUGUCAACAAUAUGAACGCACUGUUACGCCACGAGGGGGUGGAAGGCGAAGUCCUGCGUGGGAAGAAAUCCGUUGAGCUGGACGACCGAUUGGACACGGUGGUGGAGGCAAACGAUAUCAUUCUGGAGAGAGUUGGGAGUCUCCUGGACCAGGCAUCAGGAGUAGUCAAACAAAAGGAGCCGGUCCUGCCUACUGGCACACCACAGACAGGGACUCUGGUGUCAUCAUGGAACAAGAAAUCCAGGUCCAAGAGUGGCAGUGAAAAGAGCGUGACGUGGCGACUUCUGCACGCCAGGAACAUCGAGCGUCCGCAGCUCAAGUUUAAGGACAAAAUUGACAACAGCAACACGCCGUUCAUCCCCAUCAUACGCCACAAACCCAACGCUCACCGCCCGCUCCCAAAAUAUGACCAGCAGAAGCGCCACCCGGAGGAUCUGGAUGUCCCUGCAGCUCUGGCUGACUUCAUCCACAGACAGAGGGAGGUCCAUCAGGGCCAGCCUGCAGACCUGACCGCACACCCCUACCAGUACGAGUUAGAGCACUUCCAGCCCACACCUCAGCAGUUACUGAAAAAACAGCCACAGCCUUCUAAGCCCAUUGAUGCCACACCCCUGACUCUGGUCACCACACUUGAAGAAUUGAUGGACAUGAAUGACAAGUUAACCAUGUGUUCUGAGUUUGCUGUGGACUUAGAGCACCACUCCUACAGGUCGUUCCAGGGUUUCACCUGUCUGAUGCAGGUGUCCACCCGCGACCAUGACUACAUCGUGGACACCCUGGCACUGCGCGCUGACCUGCACGUCCUCAACGACACCUUCACAGAUCCCAAGGUUGUCAAGGUGUUCCAUGGAGCAGACAUGGAUAUCCAGUGGUUACAGCGAGACUUUGGCGUGUACGUGGUGAACAUGUUCGACACGGGCCAGGCGUCCCACGUCCUCGGCCUGCCCAGACACUCGCUGGCAUAUCUCCUAAAGACGUACUGUGAUGUGGAACCCGACAAGAAGUACCAGCUCGCAGACUGGAGGAUCAGACCCCUCCCCAGUGAGAUGACCCAGUACGCCCGUGAGGACACCCACUAUCUCCUGCACAUCUAUGACUGUAUGAGAUCAGAACUGUUGGACAGGGGGAACAAUGAGGCUAACCUCUUACACAACACGCUGGAGAGAAGCAGACAAGUGUGUCUACAGCGGUACCAGAAGUUGCUAUACACUGAGGAUUCCUACCUGAACCUGCUUAACAAACACAAGAAAACCUUCAACUCACAACAGCUCCAUGCAGUGAGACUUGUGUAUCGGUGGAGAGACACCAUAGCCAGACAAGAGGAUGAAAGCACAGGGUAUGUUUUACCCAACCACAUGUUGUUAGUGUUAGCAGAGACGUUACCCAAGCAGAUACAGGGUGUGUUUGCCUGCUGUAACCCUGUCCCCCCACUGGUGAGGCAACACAUCGAGGACGUCCACAGACUCCUGGUACAGGCCAGGGAUGUGCCACUAGUCAAGACAGAGAGCACUUCUGUAGUGAGAAGACCAGACAGGAAGGUCCAUGAUGACAGGAUGACUGACCUGUACUGUCCUCAUGAUCUGUCCAAACUUACAUCACAUCCUGACAGCCAGGAUACACCACCCACAGCACCAGCUGCAGUUAAGAAGAAUCCAUCCAUGUUUGGUGAGGAGGGAGGAAAGGAAAGGGACAUAUUGCAACAUCCUCUAUCCUGUAUCAAGGCACAUCCUGAUAUCACAUUGUUUGAUACAGUAGCAAAUGCACAGAAAGGGACUACCAGUUGUAAGGGAAAACUUUCAGCAAAUCAGGAAAAGGUUGCAAGAAUAAUGGCUUCUUUUACAAGUCCUUUUGAAAAGGUAUUUACCAGUAUUCUUUGCAUACAUUGUGUAUGAAUGUAUUGUGUAUGU